GGUAUAGGAGCUGAUCGAUCUGAAUUCUGAAAAGCCAACCGAAAAAUCUUGACACUUUGGUAAAGAAAACACAAAUAAGAAGGUGGGUGGGGGCGGGUGCUGACCACGUACCAUUUACAACCUUCAGAACCCUUCAAAAAUCCCAAUUUUCUGUAAUCAGCUCUUCUAAACUCCAUCCCAUCAGUCUCGCAUCAAUCAAACCCACCAUGGCUACAUCAUCAUCAUCAACAACAACAACAAUCUCUCAGCUUUCUUGUUUCUCUUCACUCAACAGCAGGCUACACCAUCUACACCGUCGAUCCAUUCUAUCUCUGCCACAGUCUCCUCGCUACAAGUCAUGGGUUGUCAUGAGUAUUGAAGGACAUAAUAAUGAAGCACAGACUUCAACUUCAGAUAUCAAAACAAGUAGUACGAAUCAUAACUAUACAGCUCCUGAGGAAUAUAAGGGAAUUAGUGAUCAAGUAAAGGGAGUGUAUGGAUCAGCGAAAAUUCAUGACUUUUGUUUUGGCAUUCCUUUUGGUGGGGUUGUUUUAAGUGGGGGGCUUCUUGGUUUUGUCUUCUCUAGAAAUGCUGUGACUUUAGGUACUGGUGUGUUGUUUGGAGGUGCUUUGCUAGCACUCAGUACCUUUAGUUUAAAGAUUUGGAGGCAAGGGAAAUCAAGCCUUCCAUUUGUGCUUGGACAAGCUGUACUCGCAGCAACCCUUUGCUGGAACAACUUUCGAGCUUACUCUUUGACAAAGAAGGUAAUUCCAACAGGAUUUUUUGCUGUCAUCAGUGCUGCAAUGCUGUGCUUCUAUUCAUAUGUAAUGAUAUCUGGAGGAAACCCACCACCAAAGAAGUUGCAGGAAUCUGCUGGUGUCAAUUCAUAACAAGAAAUUGAAAAGGUCAGGUAAAGGUGAGGGAUGGCUUUAGAUAUAAGUGCGCUUUGUUUAUUUAAUGCAAACUACAAGUUGAGCUGGUACACAUUACUUGUGUGAGGCAAUGUGGCUUAGGUUACAGUUCUGCUGGUAACAAAUUCUUUAUAGCAAUGAUGUUUCAUUUGACAGAAUAAGUGGUCUAUUGUGUCAGUUUUGUUGUGGGCAUAGUUAGUCAGUAUAUGAACUAUGGAAUGAGACUCCAAAAAUUAUGUUGUAAAAGGAUGAAAUUUCUUACCUUUCUAUGCAUUUCCAUAUUUUAGAUGCUCAAAUUCUGGAGUAUCUGAAUC